AUGGCCCCUUCAAAGAAGAGAUCCAGAAAGGGAUCCUCCAAGAGCCCUAAGAGCCCUAAGAAAACACGAAGGGGAAUGGCCCAGGCGGCAGCACCAUCUGACUUCAACGAUGAGGAUUACAAUAUACGCUCACCGGAGCGUACAGAGCUCUUGACCAAAAUUAAGGAAGUACUUGACGGCGCUCCCGUCUCCUCUACCUUCUGGGCUUGCUGUCAACUCGCCGAUAUGAACCGCUUACGAGCCAUCUCCGAAUCGGAUCAGGAACUCAUUAUUCUCUCCGAGCAUUCAAUGUAUUUUGUACCUCUGCAAUCUUCAGAACGCCCAAAGGAUCCGAAGAGGCGCAAACUGAAUUCUGGUACAAAAUCAUCGGUGUCGCGGUCGGUGAAAGAGGUGAAUAAUUGCAAAGAGCGUGAUGAUCACCGAUGCGUUUUGACGAGAAGACCAGAUCCCCAGGCUGCCCAUAUAUUCCCCUAUUGCAUGCUUAAUCCACGCCCGACAGCUGAUCGAAACAAAACGUCCAACGGGAUCCCCGACUUUUGGCAAUCUUUACGACUCUUCUGGAACCGGGAUCGAAUCGAUAAAUGGAAACGGACAAUCUUUCAAGAUCCUCAAAAUCCUUAUACCGGUGUUGAUAGAUGCUUCAAUCUCAUCUCUCUCUCGGCCGACGCACAUAAUAUGUGGAAUAAGGGGAUGUUUGCACUUAAGCCGCUGCAACUAUCAAGUGAUCGUAAGACCUUGACUGUUCAGCUCUUUUGGCAGGUUCCGACCAAGUACGAGAUUGACAGCUGGAUUGACUUACUUACGGAACCCAAAUCAUCAAAAGACUUGCAUUUUGUCGAAGGAUAUUUUUUACCUCGUAUUGACGAUGGCUCAACUCAUCAUGAUAUUCGUUCUGGAGAAGUAUUCACUUUCACAACAAAGGACCCGGAAAAUUUACCGUUGCCAAGUGUGGAACUCUUAGAGAUGCAAUGGUUUCUCCAACGUCUCGUGGGAAUGUCUGGUGCUGCUGGAUGGCCAAUCCUGGACUUGGAUAACGAUGAAAGUGAUGAUGAUAAUGGCUGGCUUGUUCCGGACAUUACCUCCGAUGACAAUCCCUUGGAAAGAGUCCGUGAAUGGGUUAUUACCAGGGAGGCUGCAGGUAUCACGCCGGAAACUGCAACACCCAAUCCUUCUGUUAUCCCGUGCUAUUGA